UAUUACUAUGCUUCCGUCUCGGGGUGGGUGCCUGACAUUAUAAUGCCCCUCCUUCUUUCAAGUUUGCUACCUCGAUCUGAUCGAGCCAUCGCAUGCCAAGAUCCUCUCCAUCGCCAUCUCGUCAGAAGAUACUCGACUAUUUCUACUGGAUCAAUGACUGACUGCUAGCAAAUUUAUUACAUAAUGUCUUACUAACCACGAAUAGGUGGGCAGCCAGGGCCCAACUCACAUCUGCGUGAUCUCAGUCACGAUAUUGUGACUGCAUCAUCCGCGCGGGCCGUCCGCGCCGAGUUUGCCGGUGUCUGUUCUUCCUCGACGCGCGACUUUUAAUCCACGCGCGUGCCACCUGCUCAUCGACGUCCUUCCAUGCUCCUACGUGCACAUCAACCAUUUAUAUAUAACCAUUACAUCUUUCACGCGUCUUUUCUUGCUCGUCACUCGCUCUUACUAAACACUCUUUCCAAUAAUGGCUACUCGAAGCAUUAUCCGCUCUAUCAAAAACGUAUCUAAUGGAUACUCCCAGGCUCAGGUUAAAGUCCGUCGCGCUACCAGUAACGACAACUGGGGCCCCGACGCCUCCGAUCUUGACGACAUCGCGCUCAUGACCUUCAACAUUAUGGACUUCUACGACAUUAUGGAAAUGCUUGACAAAAGACUCAAUGACAAGGGCAAAAACUGGCGUCACGUUUUGAAGGCCUUGGUUGUUCUUGAUUAUGCCCUUCAUUUCGGCGCAGAAAACGUCGUUCGCUGGACUAAAGAUAAUAUCUACGUUAUCAAGACCCUACGCGAAUUCGCGUACAUCGACGAAAUCGACAAUGACUGCGGUAUAAACAUUCGCCUGAAAUCAAUCGAGCUCGUCAAAUUCCUCAAAGACGACGAGCGUAUCCGCUACGAACGCGCCCACAGCCGUAAAUUCAGAUCAAAAAUCAUUCGACAAGGACAUGGCUACUUUGAUGCGGCUUCUGCAAAGCGCAUGCCUGUCCUCGUUACUUCAGAGGACGACCCAUCGAUGGCCAGACUGUUCAGAAACUCGGAAGACGAUGAGUACAAUAGUCGCCGACCAAUUGAUGCAGAAUACGAUUCCGAGUCGACCGAUAACGAGAGUCGACACGGACAGCGACGCCGCCGCCGUGCAUAUACGAAUCCUACGCCGCAGAAACACGAUCAAGAAGAUCUCGAUGAGAUACGAGAGUCACUCGAAUCACGCGCGGCGGCGAAGAAAGAAGCUGAGCGUUCUCAGCGUCGUGCCCGGGCUCUCUCGUCAGCUGCAGCAUUGUCUCCUCAUCCUGAAGAGCACACGCAAUUUGGUGCCGUGCGAGUCAACCAGCAACCCGAACAGCAGCAGCCGAUUGCUAUCCAGGCCUUGCAAACUCAGUCUACCCAGGUCCAUUCUCCGUUGACCGUCCCCACUGAUUACACCAGAGCUGGAUUUCCUACAACUCUGCAACCUCAGGCAACCGGCAUGGUCUUCCAGCCUAAUUCCCAGCAGAUUUACGUGGCUCAAUCUGCUCAAUUCCAGCAGCCACAGGCGACCGGCUUCAUAUCAUACCAGAACACUGGUAUGCUGACCCCCGUCAGCAACUCUGGAUCUCAACCACUCAGCCAGCAGAGCUCUACAUCACAGCAAUUCUUUAUGGCUCCUCAGCAGCAAGUACCUGCAAUGACGGGACAGGUGCAGGGUGCAUAUUACCAACAGACCUUGAUGCCUCAGCAGACUGGUGUCUACUAUUACCCGCAAAUUUCAGCCACAGGAUUCUAAUAGACGUCUGCUGAUAACUAAUUAUCUUCUGGGUCAACUCAAUCUUCUUUUCUUUAAUUUUUGGAUUUUAAUAACUAAUUACGAGGUGAUGCAAUGUGAUGAUACGUAUUAUGUGGUGUUUGUGGUUUAAAUUUUGGGUGUAUCUAUAUCGUUUUUGUAUAUAUAUCUGCAGUGUAUAAUUCCAUAUCUCUAUAGAAUUCUAUAUUUGUUGAUAAUCGGUAAUAUAAUCUUCAGUGGCUUC